CUCUUCGGACGUUUCCUAGUACAAGUAAUUUCCGCUUGGUCAGUCAGUCAAUCUUUGUUUUGUUUUGUGUUCAUCAAACGUACGCAGCGUUUGAUCGAUCUUGAGAUCUCUGCCAUUGAUUCUCUACACAUUGAGCUAUAUAAUCCCUCUCUUCAUGAACCUUCUUCUUUCAAUUGAUUGCCUACUGUCUGGCGACUACUGAUGCAUUAAACUGUCUUUUCUAGCAUGAAAGCAGCCUAAUUUCUAAUUGGGUUGUCGUGGAUCAGCUUGUCGGGAUUCCAGAUAUACAUUAUACACUUCAAUUAUUUUCAUUUUCCCAUCAAAUGGAUUCUGCAAUUCUUACCCAGAAGCAAGACCUCGAAUCACCGAGGAUGUUGAAUGGUGAAUUUAUUUUCACUGGCGGCGGUGGAGAUCGAAGAUACGCAUUUUCUCGUCAGACUUCUUUCCGUCAAUCAAUUGAGCCUCAUACGCCGAAUGAUUACUCCAAGCCUUUUCUUUCUCGGAGUGCUUCGAGCAUUGAUAUACCUCCGGCAACAGUUUAUUCCCAAGAUGCGGCAGAGAACUUGUGGAGAGAAGAAGCCGGAUUCCUAGCACAAGAAAAAGGGCCGGUUAAUAAAUUUUCGAUUUUGUUGGUAGUGUCUUCGGUCUUUAGAAUUCUCAAGUCUGGUAACCGGCUGACGAAGAGAUUACUUAUGCUCAUCUUCCUCAAUGUGGCAUAUUCAACUGUUGAAUUACUCAUUGGCCUUCUUUCUGGUCACAUAGGUUUGGUUUCUGAUGCUUUUCAUUUAACAUUUGGAUGUGGUAUCUUAACCUUUUCCCUAUUUGCAAUUGUGACUUCUCAGAAAAAGCCUGAUCGAUCAUAUACUUAUGGGUACAAGAGGCUAGAGGUUUUAGCUGCUUUCACUAAUGCUCUGUUUCUUCUGUUCAUGUGUUUCUCUUUGGCUGUGGAAGCGCUUCAUGCAUUUAUUCAAGAUGAAUCUGAGCACAAGCACUACUUGAUUGUUUCGGCUGUUACAAAUCUGUUGGUGAAUAUUGUUGGAGUUUGGUUCUUUAGGAACUACACCCGCAUUAAUCUAGUUUACCGAAAUGCAGAAGAUAUGAAUUACCACUCAGUAUGCCUGCAUGUAUUAGCAGAUUCUAUUCGCAGUGCAGGUUUGAUCUUGGCAUCAUGGCUUUUAUCGCUAGGGGUAAGAAAUGCUGAAGCGCUUUGUUUAGGUCUGGUAUCAGUGACAGUGUUUAUGCUUGUGUUGCCUCUAUUCAAGGCAACAGGUGGCACUCUACUCCAGAUGGCUCCAUCCGGAAUCCCAUCUUCUGCCUUGAACAAAUGCUACAGACAGGUAAUAUCACGAGACGAUGUUUCUGAAGUUUCGCUACCGCGAUUUUGGGAGCUUGUUCCUGGAUAUGUUGUUGGGUCCCUCACAUUGCAGGUUAAGGAGGGAAUGGAUGAUAGACCAGUCCUCCAGUACGUGCAAGGAAUGUACCAAGACUUGGGUGUUCAGGAAUUGACUGUGCAAACCGACUAUACCGUAAAUUCUCAUUCUCUACACUGAUUGUUUUACUUUCUGAGUUAUUACUAUUAUUUUCUCUUCGAGGUAGGAACUAGCAAGAAUUCUCUGGUUGUAUACUUCAUAUGGAUUUUGAUUAGACACAUUUUUCCCAAAGACAAUAAUACAUUAUUGCGUGCUUUAUUGUGUUCUA